GAAUAAAGGCGACGACGAAGACGUAGCACGAGUCGCAGAGUAAGAUACGCGAGUCAAAGCGAGAGUGAGUGCGCGACGAAUGGACGAGAGCGGGCGAGAGCGGACGCAGCGAGCGAAGAUGCCCGAUGGAUGAAUCCGGGCGGGUGACGACCGGGCGGGCCGUAAAAUGAUGUGCCCCGCUGUGACUCGGGAUAAAAGCCAUUAAGAUAAGGAUUUCUGGGCGACGAACCGAGGAUCCGAAGACCAGCGAACGGAAUUGGAAAAACGUUUUGCUUGUCUUUUUGCCCAUAUGGUCGCCAUGUGAUCUACGAGUGUAUUUUACAGUUGCUUGUCGCCCAUCGUCCGUAGUGGUAGUAGUUGCGCCCUAGAAUAUACUAAAAUAUAAAAACGGUCAAACGGAGAGGGUGGAUCGGAAUGUGGAAUGUUACCCUCAUACGGUGUCUCUGGGCGCCCUGCCAUUCAAUACGCCUCUGUUGACCUCAUUAAUCCGCUCUGAAUAUUCACGCAUUUCAUUCGCCUGAGGCUCAUUUUCGUGAUUAUUGUCCAUUUUAUUUGUGCGAUUUUUUAUGGCGAUUGUGCAGCCUUUUAGUCCUGCUCGAGCUCUCUCUCACUGUUCAUUUCACUUCACUUCUUCUGCGCGCCUGGAAUAUGGAGAAUGUAACCGAAAUGAGAUACUGUGUUCUCCACGUCACACCUCAGAAAGAACCUUUCUCUGCCCGGGACUUUCAAAAUGUGAAGCUCGCACCGUCGCAUUUAAACUACGGCGAGAAUUGUAUUUUUCUCCUGACGGUUCGCGACUGUUCAUUCGUGCCCACUGUUCAACAUUUUGCUGCUAUCUGCUAAGCUUGCAUCACUAAGUUAUGGAGGCAAACCUAGUUUAAUCCAGUCAACUUGCAUCUGCCAAUGAGGGGGAGAGCCACCUAAUGACGCAUCAUAAUUAUUGAUCAAGAUUACAUGUUUACUUAGAUCAAUGGCAUUACAUUGUGGGCCUUCUUCUUCCCUCUGCUGAGAUCAAGUGAGGUACGUUUCCAAUAGUCUUGAGAACAUGUAUGUCACAAGGUAUUGGUCAGUGUCAUGACCAAAGUGAGGUGACUCCAUGAUGAACUAAUUCCUUACCCUGCAUUUACAUGCCCUCACAAUUCUAAUCUUAAGCCUACGGUAGCAAAAGACUUCCACGUCAGCUCGAUGGGCCAUAUGUCCCACUAGUCUUUAUCAGAGUAAAUAAUUAUACAGAAUAAACUCGGUUGCUCAAAUGUUUUCUGAUAAUAC